GACAUCUGAAUAAAAAUCUUUCUGGAAUUUUUGUUUGUAUUCCGUUGUUGUGGGUCAUCACAUCCCCACUUGCACAUGAGCAUCAAGGAACUGCUUUCUUCUUCUUGAAGUGUUUCCAUUAUUUCUUUAAGCUCUUCCAGCAGUCGGGAAGCUAUGUGAUCCAUUAAACUCUGAAGCUUAAGUUCGGCUACAGUUUUUGUAAUAAGAAAGGCUCCUUGUCAGGGUAAUACUCCGGUUUAGCUUGCUGUAUUUGACUGUAGAAAGGAUGCAUGUCUGGGUUGUAGCUUCUUAUCAUUUCGUAUUGUCUUCUUGAUAGGUCAGCUUCUAUAAACAUAGACAAGCUUGUUGUGGUAUCAACUGCGCCUUUUCUUUUCAUUGGCUAUCACUAAAAGUCUUUUUGUCCUUCCUCGCUCGUUUUCGUAACGAAAUUAUAUCCUUGAGUCUUUUCCCUUGCUUACGAAGUUUAGACUGAGCGUUUUUCUUCUCUUGCUUCUCAAUUCGCGCCCAUUUUUACUCGCUGGGACACCAUCUCGGCCAUCAUCAAGGAGCGUAUUCGACUUGAGGCCAUCGCAGGAACUUGUGACCAAGAGUAAAUGGAGACGGAGGCGGCGGCAUCAACAACACCGCGCCACAUUGCAGAUUUAACGCAUGCUAAUUUCCAUUGCAUUCCCUUGGAUGCUCCCGAUAACUCCGAUUCAAAAUUCAGAUUUAGUGUAUCUUUACAAAAUGGAGAACUUCACGUUGAUGUGACCGAACCUUGCAAUGAGAAAGAAAAGAUGCUAAAUUGGAUAAAAUUCGUUCUGCAACCGAAGCUGUUAAAGUGGGCACGAUCUGGAAACAAAGAUGGAAAAACUAAAAGCAAUAAAUCUCUCGGUUUGGUAGAUAUUGAAGAUUAUACAAACCUGUAUGCAGCAUUGAAGGAGAAAUACGGGAAGGACCUAGUCGAUCGUUGGACCGAGACAACCGACCCUCUCAAAUUUGUAUACGAAGACGUGGCUAUUGCAACAUAUUUAAUUCUACUUUGGAGGAAGCUUGGUGAUGUGCCAAACAAUUUUAUUGACAUGGGUUGCGGAAACGGUCUACUGGUCCACAUUUUGAAUUCGGAAGGAUAUCAUGGAUACGGAGUUGACAUUCGGAAGCGAAAAAUUUGGGAUAUUUAUCCAGAAACCACCAAACUGAAAGAACACACUAUUAUUCCAAACGAUUACAACGCCUACAAAGAUGUUGAUUGGAUUAUUGGUAAUCAUUCAGAUGAACUCUCACCCUGGAUACCGGUCAUUACUGCGAUGAGUUCUUACAAAACGAAAUAUUUCCUUCUCCCUUGUUGUGCCUAUGAAUUUUCUGGAAAGAAAUUUCAGCGUCGUUGUGCGAAUGAAAGCGUAUACAACGAUUUUCUCAAUUAUGUACAAGAGAUAUCUGCCAAAUGCCAGUUCAAAACGGACAGUGAUAGGUUGAAAAUUCCCAGCACAAAACGCGUGGCUAUUAUAGGUAGUGCAAGAUCCUACCUUGAGGAAGAAUACCAAAAUAUAUGUCAAGAAAUCGACAGUUUUGUAAAGUCUGAAAUACAAAAAACAAACUGUGGUGAUUUAAAAUUGCGGGAGAAAGAGGAGGCUGUUCGAAACUGUACAAAAAUUGAUAAAAAUAUCAUUGACAAUAUUGUUAUGAAUAUUUUCCAAUACAUAUUGAGGGAUGACGGUCAUAACGAGCGAGUGGAAAAAUGGCGAAGUGGAAGAUCAGUGACUUUGCAAGAAUUGGCGUCUUUUCUUUCAAAAGAUGAUCUGAAAAAUAUAAAAUCUGAAUGUGGAGGUUUGAAAACAUUGAUUAAGAACAAACAUGAGAUAUUUGAAGUUUUGGGCGACAAAGUAAAGCUGCGAUAUCCAAGGAGGAAAGAAGAAAUGACAAAAAUUGUUAAAUUUAAAAGAAGACCAUGUUUUUUCUACUUACACCACCCUGACGGCUGUGCGUUGACGAGUAUUGAAUGUACGUUUGUACACGAAAGAAUAAACGUAUAAAUAAUUUUAAA